AUGGAAGGAGCCGGAGGAAGUAGCAACUCUGACCCACGCUUCGAGUUUCUUGGAUCAUUCGUCCAGAAAACAUUGAAGCUGAAACCAGAGAAAUGGCACCGUUUAGUGACCCUAGAGGAGCACAAGGCAGUUCUGAAAGAAUUCUUUGACAAUGCACAGACUGUCGUGAUGAUUAUUAUUCUCACACCAUCCGCACAACUUAUUCCCCUCGUAAGCUUUCCGAUACAGCAGCUGAAGAAUAAAGGAGUCUACUUUGUGAAGAAAAAUCCGAUGGAGGUACCCCGCGACGGAUGCAAAGAUGUGCUCGUAGUGGGGGAUCUUGCCACGCGUACCAUCGACCAGCUAUCCUGCCUCGUGGAUGAGGUGUUUGUGCCGCUUCUCUCGAACUCGGACAAUCACCUUGGCUGGCCGGAGAUGGUCGCACAGGACGUACAAAAGCAGGUUCACAGUCUUAAGAGCACGGUUUAUCAAGUCCAGGGUCAAGUUAGUGGACAGACCGUUCUACCAAUGCCCGUAGGAGUUGAUAAAUGUGUGCAGACGGCCAAAGAGCUCGUUGUCAACGCAGAAUGUUCGAUUAAUCUCUACCUGAAGAGUGCAAUCGAGGGUGUUGUCAUCAAAUGGGCCACUCAGGUGAACGAUGUCAUGCUGGAGUCAAGUGCAAACGCCUUCAAUGGUGGUCAAAAUCCCGUCCCAUCAGUCGAGAUAAAUUUUUGGAACAAUCGGCUUAAAAAUUUAACCUACAUAUAUGAACAGCUGCGCCAUGAGCGCAUCCGCAGCAUGGCGCUUAUCUUGGAGUACACAGAUAGUGCCUACUAUCCGUGUUUCAAAACACUUUUCAAAAAUGUUGUUACAGCUUUGGCGGAAGCACGAGAUAUAACACUCUAUCUAAAUCCUCUCACAAGACACUUUCAACAGUUGGAAGACACCGAAUUUUCAGAGUGCAAAGUAUUACUUAAGCCGUUACUACACGUAGUAUGUUUAAUUUGGUCGAAUUCACUUUACUAUUGCCACUCGGCCAAAUUGAUAGUGCUUCUGCGACAAAUAUGUAACCUGAUUAUUCAACAGGCAAAGCGAUUUCUGGAUCCAUCAUCAAUCUUCCAUAGUGAUAUCGAUGAGGCGAUGCAGCGAAUAUCGUUAUCGAUACAAAUCUUAAAAUACUUUCGCACCGUGUACGACGAGUACAAGGAUAAUAUUGCACCUUUCUUUCAAGAACGUCCGGUAGUGAAUUGGACCUUCCACCCGAACGCCGUCUUCGAGCGGUACAAUGCGUUCCUGGAUCGUCUCUUUACCAUACAGUGGUUUUUCAAUACCGUGAUUGAAUUUCUCAAGCUUGAGAAGGUCGAGAUCGGCGGCCUGAAGGGACGUGCACUGAGCGCACGUAUUACAGGCGUCUCGGUUGAGUUCAACCAAUGUUUCUCCCUGUUUGCAUCGAAAACAUACGACGUGCUCGAUCCGGAUGAUCCGACGUUCAAGGAAGAUUUCGUAAAGUUCCAGGAUCGCAUAUUGGAGUUGGACCUUAAGCUGGCGGCCAUUCUUUGCCAGGCUUUUGAUGAUUGUCAUAAUCUUGAGAGUGUGUUUAAGUUGAUCAGCAUCGUUGGGACCGUAUUGGAUCGUCCAAAAAUCAAGGAAGAGUUUACCAAUAAAUACAGACAAAUUUUGCUUAUGAUCGACGAGGAGUUGAGUACCUGCGAAAAUAUUUAUGCCCAGCAGAUGGAGCAUUACCGUAAAGAAGGAUACAUUUUCGUAGACCGCAGUGCUCCACCCGUUACCGCUGCACUACGCUGGGUACUUCAGCUGACAAAUAGAAUAACGUCGCCGAUCAAACAAUUUCAAACGUUGCAACAUCCGGUGGUUCAAUCGGACGAAGGCGCGUCACUGAUAAAACGCUUCGAAAUUCUGAUUGCCAAGCUGAAGGAAUUUGAACGGUCCAUUUUCGAGGGCUGGGCCACGGAGGUGCCGGAAACGAUUGAGGUCCAUCUGGACAAACCGCUAAUUAUAAGAAAGAAAAAUUCCGCCGAAUUGACGCUCAACUUCAGUCCACAGCUGUUUGCCAUCCUUCGAGAGGUCCACUAUCUGCGGCUGAUGGAGAAAGCCGACAUUCCACAGCGUGGGCUGGAGUUUUCUGACAAAAGCGAAAUAUUCCGAUCGUACACGCUGAACCUCGAGAAAACCGUCGACUGGUACAACAAGAUACGCAAAAACUGUACCAAAGUGGAACUCGAGCUGAUCAAGGGCGAAAUCGAGCACAUCGACGCCCUGCUCGAGCGGGCAAUUAAUGAGCUUACGUGGAACUCGGAGGACAUCCAGGAGUACAUGAUGCAGAUCCGUGGUCCGGUCGAGCAGCUGCAGAAGCGAAUGCAAAGCAUCCAGAACAAUUUGCAAGAGAUUCGCACGACCAUGUCAGCCUGGGCGAAGCUGCCACUGUUCGAAAGAAAGGACUCGAAGAAGGAUACGGUGCUGUGCCUGGAGGAACGGAACGAUCGCAAAACUAAGCGAUAUGGUGAGCUCGAGGCGGCCGCUAUUAAAGUUCAUCAACUGCUCGACACUAACAUGAAACUCUUCGGCAUGGAGGAAAACCAGGAGGACAACAAUUGGGUCGAGUAUGUGAAGUUCGUCGACAACAUCGUGAACGAUAAUUUACUUUUCAUGAUCGGAAUCAGCAUCGGCUACCUGGCGGAGAACAUGGACGUUUCCAAUAAUCUGGCACCUUUGUUUGAAUCACGUUUGGAGCUCUUAGAGCCACAGCUUGUAUUUGUACCCUCACUAAACCCGAACGAUGUGAACGGGUUCAACGCACUUCUAGCUGGAUUGGUUAACGAUAUAACGUACAUGUCGUCGUUGAUCCCGCGUUUGCUCAAAACGGCCAACAAAACGUACGAGCAGAUCAUCACGAAGAACAACGACAUCCAGGAGAUGAAGGUGGAAAUUCUCCAAGGCGUUGAUAAGGUCAUACAGGAAGCGGCCGAGUUCUGUGGAGACUUCGAGCGAUACUCCUACCUGUGGCUGGAGGACCGUGAGUAUAGUAUGGAAACGUUCCUGGAGUACGGGCGCCAGCUGGAGGCGGACGAGAUCGAAUUGAUCAUCAAUAAGGACCCGGAUGCACCGAAACCCUGUCCGCCAACUAUUGAAGCGUUCCGUGAGCAGAUCGAUCACUACGAGUCACUGUACCAGGAGAUAGAAAAAAUUGAGCCAUUCCAGAUAUUCAAUUCCUGGUUCCAAGUGGACGUGCGCCCGUUCCGGCAGUCUCUGAUGAACAUCGUGCGCAAGUGGGGAAACAUGUUCAAGGAGCACCUAGUGAACAACGUCACCCAUAGUUUGACCGAUCUUGGUAAUUUCAUCCGCAAAGCCGACGAGGGGCUUCUGCAGGUGGUGAAGGAGGGUGACUACGAGGGACUGGUCAACAUCAUGGCCUACUUGCUGCACGUGAAGGAACGUACAGCCACAACCGACGAGAUGUUCGAGCCGAUGAAGGACACUAUCGAGCUGCUGAAGUACUACGACAUGGAUAUCCCGGAGGAGGUGAACGUUUACCUUCAGGAACUGCCGGAGCAGUGGGCAAAUACGAAGAAGAUCGCGCUUACGGUGAAACAGCAGGUGGCCCCACUACAGGCCAACGAGGUGGUAGGCAUUCGGAAUCGCAUUGGAAUGUUUGACGUCCACAUUACCGUUUUUCGCGACGUGUUUCGCACCUACGAGUUCUUCAAGUACGAUUGCCUCGAACCGUACAUUCUGCUCGAUCGUAUUGAUGGGGACGUCAAUCGACUCGAGAAGGAUAUGUCAGACAUUCAAGAGUCUGGCAGCUUGUUUGAGGUUACCGUACCAGAAUUUAAGCUCCUACGUCAAUGUCGCAAAGAGAUGAAGAUGUUGAAGCAACUUUGGGACUACGUUUUCAUCGUGCGCACCAGCAUCGAGGACUGGAAAACAACACCGUGGCGUAAAGUGGACGUUGAAAACAUGGACAUCGAGUGCAAAAAGUUCGCAAAGGACAUCCGCUUACUUGACAAGGAAAUGCGUCCGUGGGACACCUACAUCACGUUGGAGUCGACAGUCAAGAAUAUGCUUACAUCGCUUCGUGCUGUGGGCGAGCUGCAGAAUCCAGCCAUCCGAGAGCGCCAUUGGAAUCAACUCAUGUCCUCCACUAAGAGUUUAGCAAAUCUACCACCCGAAAUUACAGUUACAUUCAUAAUGGAUAAAAAUACCACGUUGUCCGAUCUGUUGGCACUGAAUCUACACGAGUGCGAAGAGGAGGUAAAAAAUAUCGUCGACAAGGCCGUCAAAGAAAUGUCCAUGGAGAAAAUCCUACGCGAUCUUAACACAACCUGGUCAAUGAUGGAGUUCGAACAUGAAACACACGUCCGAACCGGUUGCUCGCUACUGAAAGCUUCUGAGGAGCUCAUCGAAACCCUUGAAGAGAACCAAGUUGUACUGCAAAAUCUAAUCACCUCCAAGUUUAUCGCGCACUUUCUGGAAGAGGUGUCCGAAUGGCAAAAGAAACUCACCACAGCCGACCAGGUGAUAACGGUGUGGUUCGAGGUUCAGCGUACCUGGGCCCAUCUGGAGUCAAUCUUUAUGAGCUCGGACGACAUCCGGAUGCAGCUGCCCGUCGAUUCGGAACGGUUCGAUAAUAUCGAUGCCGAGUUUAAGAUCAUGAUGGAAGAAAUGUCCAAAACAUCCAACGUGAUACACGCCACGAACAGGGAGGGUUUGGUGGAAAAACUGGACACCCUGCAGAGCCAACUGGCACUGUGCGAGAAAGCGUUGGCAGAGUAUCUCGAAACGAAGCGCCUCUACUUUCCGCGCUUCUACUUCGUUUCAUCGGCGGAUUUGCUGGACAUUCUCAGCAACGGCAAUCGGCCGGAGGUUGUGUGCAAGCAUCUGACCAAACUGUUUGACUCGAUCGCAAAGCUCAAACUGGAGUCCAACGAUGACGGCCAUACGAAGAAAGCUCUCGGCAUGAUAGCAAAGGACACGGAGUAUGUUAAAUUUUUCGAAUCGUGCAACUGUACCGGCGCUGUUGAAGUAUGGUUAAACCGUGUGCAAAUUGCAAUGCGAUCGUCCUUGAGAAGCUACAUCGCCGAAGCCGUGGUAGCGUACGAGGAAAAACAACGCGAACAUUGGCUUUUCGAUUACCCUGCGCAGGUUUCCCUCUGUGGUACGCAAAUUUGGUGGACGACCGAGGUCAACAUUGCCUUCAGUCGCCUCGAGGAGGGCUACGACAACGCCAUCAAGGACUACUACAAGAAGCAAAUCUCUCAGCUCAGCACACUGAUCACGCUGCUGCUUGGGGAGUUGACGCGCGGCGAUCGACAAAAAAUUAUGACCAUCUGCACGAUCGACGUGCACUCGCGGGACGUCGUGAGCAAGCUGAUCCAAUCGAAGGUCGAGUUCGCGUCCGCAUUCCAGUGGCAAUCGCAGCUACGCCAUCGCUGGGACGACGGGGAAAAGGAUUGCUUCGCGAACAUCUGUGACGCACAGUUCUGCUACAGCCACGAGUAUCUGGGUAACACGCCACGUCUGGUCAUUACGCCGCUUACCGAUCGGUGCUACAUAACGCUUACCCAAUCGCUCCACUUGGUCAUGGGUGGUGGCCCAGCUGGCCCAGCCGGCACAGGGAAAACGGAGACCACCAAGGAUCUGGGACGAGCGCUCGGCAUUAUGGUGUACGUAUUCAACUGCUCCGAACAGAUGGACUACAAAUCUUGCGGUAACAUCUACAAGGGCUUGGCACAGACCGGAGCUUGGGGUUGCUUCGAUGAGUUCAACCGUAUUUCCGUCGAGGUCCUGUCCGUGGUAGCGGUCCAGGUGAAGUCCGUUCAGGACGCCAUCCGCGAUAAAAAGUCCAAGUUCGACUUUAUGGGAGAAUUUAUUGCCUGCGUGCCAACGGUGGGUAUAUUCAUUACCAUGAAUCCGGGCUAUGCCGGACGCACAGAAUUGCCCGAGAAUUUGAAGGCCCUAUUUCGUCCUUGCGCCAUGGUGGUACCCGAUUUUGAAUUAAUUUGCGAGAUCAUGUUGGUCGCUGAGGGUUUCCAGGACGCCCGUGUCUUGGCUCGUAAAUUCAUCACACUCUACACGCUGUGUAAAGAGUUACUCUCCAAGCAGGACCAUUACGAUUGGGGUCUACGUGCCAUCAAAUCUGUACUCGUAGUUGCUGGUUCGCUGAAACGCGGAGAUCCUGGACGCCCGGAGGAGGAAGUGCUGAUGCGAGCUCUUCGUGACUUCAACAUUCCCAAAAUCGUAACUGAUGAUAUGCCUGUAUUUAUGGGUUUGAUCGGUGAUCUGUUCCCAGCGCUCGACGUGCCGCGAAAGCGCGAUCUGGAAUUUGAGAAAACCGUCAAACAGGCUACACUUGACCUGGCCCUGCAGCCAGAGGACAAUUUCAUCCUCAAAGUGGUUCAAUUGGAGGAACUGCUAGAGGUGCGGCAUUCCGUGUUCAUUGUCGGAAACGCCGGUACCGGGAAAACCCAAGUCUGGAAGACGCUUUACAAAACCUACCAGAACAUCAAAAAGAAACCGAUCUUCAACGAUCUUAACCCAAAAGCAGUAACCAACGAUGAGCUCUUCGGUAUAAUCAAUCCGGCGACGCGCGAAUGGAAGGACGGCUUGUUUUCGGUCAUUAUGCGUGACCAGGCGUCGCUCAGUGGGGACAAUCCAAAGUGGAUCAUCUUGGACGGCGAUAUCGAUCCCAUGUGGAUCGAAAGCUUAAACACGGUCAUGGACGACAACAAGGUUCUGACGCUGGCCUCAAACGAGCGCAUCGCGCUCACGCCGUACAUGCGCUUGAUCUUUGAAAUUUCCAAUCUACGCACGGCCACACCCGCGACAGUGUCGAGAGCAGGCAUUCUAUACAUCAACCCGCAGGAUCUUGGAUGGAAUCCGUAUGUUACAAGUUGGAUUGAAACGAGAACUAUUCCCGCGGAAAAAUCCAACCUGGUCAUUCUCUUCGACAAGUACAUCCCAGCGUGCCUGGACAAUAUUCGAACGCGCUUCAAAAAAAUCACCCCGGUCGCCGAGAUGGCCCACAUACAAAUGCUGUGUCACUUAUUGGAGUGUCUACUGAUUCCAACCAAUACUCCAGCAGAUUGUCCCAAGGAGUGGCAUGACCUAUAUUUUGUGUUCUCGUGCGUUUGGGCAUUCGGUUCGGCUAUGUUUCAGGAUGCGGCCAUUGACUACCGCAUCGAGUUCAGCAAAUGGUGGGUGAACGAGUUUAAGACCGUCAAGUUCCCGCCGAAUGGAACCGUGUUUGAUUACUUCAUCGAUACGGAGACGAAACAGUGGACCCCGUGGACGGAGAUACUGCCCAAGUUCGAGAUGGACUGCGAUCAGCCCUUGCAGGCGGUACUGGUGCACACCUCCGAGUCUAUACGCUUGCGGUUCUUUCUGGAUCUGCUCAUGGAUCGGGCACAUCCGGUGAUGCUGGUCGGCAUUGCCGGCUGCGGGAAGACGGUCGUAGUGAACGAGAAGCUCGGCAGCCUCUCGGAGAACUACGCCAUCGCAAACAUCCCGUUCAAUUUUUACACCUCCUCGGAGAUGCUGCAGAAGGUGAUGGAGAAACCAUUGGAGAAGAAAGCUGGACGGAACUAUGGUCCGCCCGGUAGCAAGACUCUAAUUUACUUCAUCGACGAUAUGAACAUGCCGGAAGUGGACGCUUACGGCACUGUCCAACCGCACACGCUGAUUCGGCAACAUCUCGACUACAGCCAUUGGUACGAUCGGAACAAGUUAACGCUCAAAGACAUCCACAAUUGUCAGUACGUGUCGUGCAUGAAUCCGACUUCCGGCAGCUUCACCAUCAAUCCCCGACUUCAGCGACACUUUUGCGUGUUCGCGGUCAGCUUCCCGGGCUCCGACGCCGUCACCACGAUCUACCACUCGAUUUUGGUCCAACACUUUACGAAUGCUGAACAAAAGUUUAACAUAGCUGUAACUAAAAUAUCACAAAAUAUUGUCGCAGCAAGCUUGGCACUACACACUAAAGUGGCACAAGUGUUUUUACCGACGGCCAUCAAGUUUCACUACGUUUUCAACCUGCGCGACCUGACGAACGUCUUUCAGGGUUUACUAUUUAGUACCAACGAUUGUCUGGUUUCGUCGAGCGAUUUCAUCCGACUGUGGCUUCAUGAAACGCAGCGUGUGUACGGCGACAAGCUGCUGGAUGAUAAGGACAUCGACAGCUUCACCAAGAUGCAGAACGAUCUGGUGAAGAAGUCGUUCGAAGAGAUUGACGAAUCGAUUGUCUUCGACAAGCCGAACAUUUACUGCCACUUUGCCGGUGGCAUUGGCGAGCCCAAGUACAUGCCCAUUACCGACUGGGGCGUGCUGACGAAGCUUCUGCAGGAAGCGAUGAUGUCAUACAACGAUCUGAUUUCGGCCAUGAAUUUGGUGCUCUUUGAAGACGCCAUGAUGCACGUGUGCAGAAUCAACCGAAUAUUGGAGUCGCCUAGAGGUAGCGCCCUGCUGGUGGGUGUAGGUGGCAGUGGAAAACAAUCCCUGAGUCGAUUGGCCGCCUUCAUCUCCAGUUUGGAAGUGGCCCAAAUACAGCUUAAGAAAGGCUACAGUGUCAUUGACCUUAAGAAUGAACUCUCCGGAUUGUACAUGAAGGCCGGCAUGAAAAACGUCGGUAUUAUGUUCCUCAUGACAGACGCCCAGAUAUCGAACGAAAUCUUCCUAGUCAUAAUCAAUGAUCUGCUUUCGUCGGGUGAAAUAGCAGACCUUUUCCCCGAUGACGAGGUGGAAAACAUCAUCUCCGGCGUGCGGAACGAGGUGAAGGGUGCCGGACUGGUGGACACGCGUGAGAACUGCUGGAAGUUCUUCAUCGAUCGCGUGCGGCGUCAGCUGAAGGUGGUGCUCUGCUUCUCGCCGGUCGGUGCGACAUUGCGUGUACGUUCCCGGAAGUUUCCCGCCAUCAUCACGUGCACCCAGAUCAAUUGGUUCCACGAGUGGCCCCAGGAAGCCCUGAUGUCCGUAUCGUUGAGGUUCUUACAGGAUCUGACGGUUUUACCAGCCGAAUGCAAGGACUCAAUUGCGCGCUUCAUGGCAUACGUACACACAUCGGUAAACUCGAUGUCGAAGGUAUAUCUGCAGAACGAACGGCGCUAUAACUACACCACGCCCAAGUCAUACCUGGAGCAGAUCAGUCUGUAUGACAAACUGCUGAAGGAAAAGCAUGGAGAGCUUCGGAAGAAGGUGGAGCGGUUGGAGAAUGGGCUGGAGAAGCUGAGAAACACCGCCGAUCAAGUGGCGGCCCUGAAGCAAAAGCUGGCCGUGCAGGAGAUCGAACUCAAGGAGAAGAAUGACGCCGCCGAUGCGCUGAUCGAAAUAGUCGGCAUUGAGACGGAAAAGGUCCAGACGGAGAAGGCCAUCGCCGACGAGGAGGAACAGAAGGUAGCAAUCAUCGCCGAGGAGGUCGCCAAAAAGCAGCGUGAUUGUGAGGAAGAUUUAGUGAAAGCUGAACCAGCUUUGCAAGCAGCUCAGGAAGCGCUUAACACGCUGAACAAAGCCAACCUGACUGAGCUGAAAUCGUUCGGUUCCCCGCCGGGUGCGGUGACGAAUGUCACUGCCGCUGUCAUGGUACUGUUGGCUCCGAACGGAAAAAUUGCAAAAGAUCGCAGCUGGAAAGCAGCGAAAAUUACGAUGGCCAAGGUCGAUACGUUUUUGGAUGCGUUGAUUAACUACGACAAGGAACAUAUACACCCUGAGAUCAUUAAAGCUAUUCAGCCCUAUUUGAAAGAUUCGGAGUUCGAGCCAGACUUUGUCCGUUCGAAGUCUGCCGCUGCUGCUGGCCUUUGCGCAUGGGUUAUUAAUAUCAUCAAAUUCUACGACGUCUACUGUGACGUUGAGCCUAAACGACGUGCCCUGGCAGCGGCUAACGCUGAGCUCACUGCAUCGCAAGAAAAACUUGCCAACAUUAAGCGUAAAGUAUCGUCGCUUGAGGAACAACUGGCCAAGCUUACUGCAGACUUCGAGAAGGCCACCGCCGACAAGCUACGAUGUCAACAGGAAGCCGAUGCCACCCAGGCUACGAUUCAGCUGGCCAACCGUCUUGUAGGAGGACUCGCCAGUGAAAAUGUCCGCUGGGCCGAGGCCGUUGCAGAAUUUAUGCAGCAGGCUACCACAUUGCCGGGUGACAUUUUGCUUGUGACCGCGUUCAUCUCGUACGUCGGGUGCUUUACAAAACAGUUUCGCCUAGACAUGAUGAACAAAAUGUGGCUACCGUUUUUGCGUGGGCUUGAACCGGCAGUCCCGAUCACAGACAGCCUUGAUCCGCUGCGCCUACUUACCGACGAUACGCAGAUUGCCACCUGGCAGAACGAGGGCCUACCGAGCGACCGAAUGUCUAUCGAGAACGCGACCAUACUGAGCAACUCCGAUCGCUGGCCCCUGAUGAUCGAUCCGCAGCUGCAAGGCAUUAAAUGGAUCAAGCAAAAGUAUGGCGACACGCUCAAAGUUAUUCGUUUGGGUUCCAAGGGUUACUUGGAGGUGCUGGAGAAAGCUCUCGCAAAGGGUAGCACAGUGUUGAUUGAGAACAUCAGCGAAAAUGUCGAUCCCGUGCUGGAUUCACUGCUUGGGCGUAAUCUCAUCAAGAAAGGACGGGCCAUAAAAAUCGGUGACAAGGAAGUUGAGUACAACCACAAAUUUCGACUUAUCCUACACACCAAGCUGGCCAACCCGCACUACAAACCGGAAAUGCAGGCGCAAACCACCCUCAUCAACUUUACCGUCACGCGAGAUGGACUCGAGGAUCAGCUGCUGGCGGAGGUUGUCAAAGCGGAACGUCCGGAUCUGGAGGAGCUGAAGGCGGACCUCACCAAGCAGCAGAACGACUUCAAAAUCAUGCUCAAACGGCUCGAGGACGACUUGCUUUCCCGGUUGUCCUCGGCCGGUGGUAACAUUUUGGGUGAUACGGCGCUGGUUGAAAACCUUGAAACCACAAAGAAAACGGCGGCCGAAAUUGAGGAAAAGGUCACCGAAGCAAAAGUUACGUCGAAGGAAAUCGACGAAGCACGCGAACAUUACCGCCCGGCUGCAGCCAGGGCCAGCUUGUUGUACUUCAUCCUGAACGAUCUGAACACCAUUAAUCCGAUCUACCAAUUUUCGCUGAAAGCAUUCAGCGUCGUGUUUCAGAAGGCCAUUUCGAAGGCCGACACGGCCGACGAGGUUCCCCUGCGCGUUCGUAACCUUAUCGAUUGUAUUUCAUUUUCGGUGUUUCAGUAUACCACUCGAGGCCUGUUCGAAUGUGAUAAACUUAUUUUCAUGUCGCAAAUGACAUUCCAAAUUCUACUGAUCAACGAAGAAAUUACUCCGGCAGAACUUGAUUUUUUGCUACGUUUUCCGAUCAAACCGCACGUCACUUCGCCGGUCGAUUUUCUCACCAACGCGGCCUGGGGAGGAAUCUGCAGUCUUGCGUCGAAGGACGAGUUUCGUAAUCUGGAUCGUGAUAUAGAAACGUCGUCGAAACGGUGGAAAAAGCUGAUCGAGUCCGAAUGCCCGGAGAAGGAAAAGUUCCCCCAGGAGUGGAAGAAUAAGACAGCCCUCCAGCGUCUCUGCAUGAUGCGUGCCCUUCGGCCAGAUCGUAUGACCUACGCAAUGACUGAUUUCAUAGAGGAAAAGCUAGGAGCCCGAUACGUCGAGAACCGUACGAUGGAGUUCGCUAAAUCGUUCGAAGAGACCAGCCCGUCCACUCCGAUAUUCUUCAUCCUCUCGCCCGGUGUCAACCCGCUGAAAGAUGUGGAGGCGCUCGGAAAGCAGCUCGGGUUUUCGGCGGACAAUGGAAAUUUCUACAAUGUGUCACUCGGUCAGGGUCAGGAAAUUGUGGCCGAAUCGGCGAUGGAUAAAGCCGCUUCGAACGGCCACUGGGUGAUCCUGCAGAACAUCCAUCUGGUGAAAAAGUGGUUACCGGCGCUCGAGAAAAAGCUAGAGUUCUACUCCGAAGGUUCGCACGACAACUAUCGUGUGUUUAUGAGUGCGGAGCCGGCCGCUACCGCCGCGGCUCACAUCAUUCCCCAGGGAAUUCUGGAAUCGUCGAUUAAGAUCACUAACGAGCCGCCGACCGGCAUGCAGGCAAACAUCCACAAAGCACUGGACAACUUCACCCAGGAAACGUUGGAGAUGUGCGGCAAGGAGGCGGAGUUUAAGGUGAUCUUGUUUUCCUUGUGCUAUUUCCACGCGGUCGUCGCGGAACGGCGCAAAUUUGGCCCGCAGGGUUGGAACAAAAUCUACCCUUUCAACGUGGGUGAUCUCAAUAUAUCGGUGUCGGUAUUGUACAACUAUCUAGAGGCGAACACGAAGGUCCCCUGGGAGGAUCUACGCUACCUGUUCGGCGAAAUCAUGUACGGUGGCCACAUCACGGACGACUGGGACCGUCGUACCUGCAUCACCUACCUGGAGGAGCUGAUGCAGCCGGAUCUAGUGGAUGGCGAGCUGUUUCUGGCCCCUGGUUUCGCGGCUCCACCAAACACCGAUUACACCGGAUAUCACGCGUACAUCGACGAGGCAAUGCCUCCGGAAUCACCUUAUCUGUAUGGUUUGCACCCAAAUGCCGAGAUCGGCUUUCUCACUACCACCUCAGAGAAUUUGUUCCGGACGGUAUUCGAGAUGCAGCCGCGUGAUGCUGGAUCCGGCUCCGGCACGACCGUUACCCGCGAGGACAAAGUGAAGCAGGUGCUGGACGAAAUCAUGGAAAAGCUUCCGGAAGAGUUCAACAUGCCGGAGAUUAUGGGCAAGGUGGAGGAACGUACGCCAUACGUGAUCGUAGCAUUCCAGGAGUGCGAACGAAUGAACUACCUUACCGGUGAGAUAAAGAGAAGCUUGAAAGAACUUGACCUUGGUAUGAAGGGGGAACUCACCAUCACGUCCGAUAUGGAAGAGCUGGAGAAUUCACUUUUCCUUGAUCAGGUGCCUCUCGUAUGGGCUUCUCGCGCUUAUCCUUCGCUGCUAGGCCUCACCGGGUGGUUCGUGGAUUUGCUCCUUCGAUUGCGUGAGCUCGAGACUUGGUCGGCAGAUUUUGUGCUCCCCAUUUCCGUAUGGUUGGCUGGGUUUUUCAACCCACAAUCAUUGCUGACAGCCAUCAUGCAGUCGACGGCUAGGAAAAACGAGCUUCCCCUAGACAAGAUGUGUCUGCACUGCGACGUGACCAAAAAGCAAAAGGACGAUUUUUCAGCCGGACCGAGGGAGGGAGCCUACGUCCACGGCAUAUUCAUGGAGGGCGCCCGAUGGGAUGUUCAACAGAGCAUCAUUAUGGAGUCGAAACUUAAGGAGCUCUAUCCGCAAAUGCCAGUCAUAAAUAUAAGGGCUUUAACGCAGGACAAACAGGACCUGCGAAAUAUGUACGAAUGCCCAGUCUACAAAACCCGGACCCGUGGACCAACGUAUAUUUGGACGUUUAAUUUAAAAACCAAGGAUAAACCAGCCAAAUGGACUCUAGCUGGUGUGGCAUUACUGCUACAAGUUUAAAGUGUAUACUUCCUUCGUGUGUGUGUUUGUUUAACUGUUUAGACUAGAUCGAGUGAAUUUCUUUUA